AUCUUGUGAGGUGCUGUGAUGCGGGCCGGGGCAGUUCAUGGCAAGGGAGGAGGAGGAGGCGGCCGAGGAGGAGGAGGGAAAGACUGAAAGCGUUUGUGCCCUGCUACCCAACAUGCCAACUUACCUUUUCAGCCAGCUUCUCCAGUUGGAGGACGAUCUGUGCAAGGGAUUCCCGAACCUCGACUUAAACGAUGGCACCAGAUCAUCUCCUAAAUCCAGCGUUUUCAAGCCUGACGCGUCAUCUUGUUCCCCGAUGUCCGGAGGUGACGCGGUCAGCUCUGUGAGCAGCGGUCAGAAGACAGAAGGUAGACGUUUAGCCCGACCCCAAUCUCUGGAGCCUCCUGCUUCACUUCACCAAGCCAAUGCCAGGCAGUGGGAAAGGCACUCCCUCAGUUUAGUGGAAGGAGAUCUGGGGUGCACCGCUUCAGACCCUAAACUUGUUAACCAUCCCACUCUUCAUGUCGUGCCCAGCUCGGCGUCGCCACUGUCUUCACGUUACAAGACCGAAUUGUGUCGUACCUACGCAGAAUGUGGGACUUGUAAAUAUGGAGCCAAGUGCCAGUUUGCCCACGGCUACGAUGAGCUUCGAGGCCUUGCGCGGCACCCCAAGUACAAGACUGAGCCUUGUCGUACCUUUCAUACUAUUGGCAUUUGCCCGUAUGGUACACGGUGCCACUUUGUGCACAAUCUGGAAGAGCAGCUCCAGUCUCAACGGCCAAAGCCAGAGUUCCGAAGCCAGAGGCCACCGCUGCUGAAACAGAGCUUCAGCUUUGCAGGGUUCCCUUCUGUCCCUUUCAUCAAAGAGUCAUCUGUUGCCUACACCAGAGUGCCUUCAGCGUCCCCACCCCCUGGCACGCUCCUCUCUGAGAUGGUCGUGCCAGGUUUCCUGGAGUCGUCCGGCGUGUUCUCUCUUGUCCAAGAUGAAGGCCUGGAGCUCGAUCAUUUUUUCCCCUCGCCAGAUUCUGGCAACUGCUCUUUUUACUGCACGAGUCCGACGGAGUGUAACCCCGCCAAGCUUCAGGGUCUCGCUGGCGUCUUCCCUCUUGCCAGCUCGAGCCAGUUGGUAAGCCAGCCUCCGAGCGCUUUGCCUCACUUGGCGACUGGAUCCCGGAGUUUAUCUUCUACCUCCCUUUCCGAUCUGGAGGGGGGCUGCAGCAGUUCCAGCAGCCACAGUGGCUCGGAGUCGCCCAUCUUUGAAUCCUGCGGCCGGCGUCUCCCAAUCUUCAGUCAGCUGUCUGUGCCAGAGAAGCCGGCCGAGGAGAACGAGGACCGUCUGACCCUGUCCUGCUGAGGUUCGGUGACGUUGUGAUACAAGUGUGCCACUGAUGUUCCCGUUUCACUUUGUAUACUAUGGUAUACUUCUGAUGUAAUUCUGGGGUACUUCACUCCUUUGCAGCUUCAUUCAAGCUGGGAUGUGUUUGCGUGUUUUUGGUGUGUUUUAUGCCACUUUGUAAGAUGCCAAAGAGGGCCGAAUGUCCUUUUUAGAGUUCUGUUUAAAACCCGCCGCAGAGUGGAUCCCGAGCAAGUCGAUAAUCGCACUCUGGCAGUGAAGUUAUUUGCACGAGCCGGUGCUUCAGAAAUUCCCUUGUGCCCGUCACUGACACUGGGUGCUGCUUGGGUGUGUGUGCCUGCCUCCCUUGGGGAGUUGCUUUUGGGCAUUUUUAUUUUUUUAUUUUUUUGGGCAGACGUGUCUGAGCAGAUUUUGGUUUGAAAAGGGAGCCUGUCGCUAGUGGCAAACGAGAGUUCAAUUUGAAACGCGUUACCAAAGUGUCUCGAGACAUGCCCUGCUGCCUGCCCGUGGUGCCACAAGGGUGCCCGAGAAUGACGAGUUGUCCUAAUCGUGGCCUCUUCAAUGCAGACGCCAGUGCUUUUCUGUUGUUGUUUCUUUCCUCGUUCAUUUUGUGAAAAUGUUCACUUGUUUUAAAAAAAGAAAACCGUUAGAAUGUUAAUCUGUUUACUCGUAUUUAGAAUUGUUUGUUAUAAACAAAAGAGCUUUAACAGUUUAAUCUGAUCGGACCUGAGAGUGUGUGUUAGUUAUUUUAUAGGCGAGUUUGAGUUUUCUUCUCCAUGGAUGUGAUGUUCUGCAACGGAUCAUUUCUGGACUGCUGUACAGCGCGCGGUGCUUCUGAUCGAUAAGCUAAUCAAGUCGAGAGGGGGGGGGGGGUCGCCUUGAGCCCCCACCUGCAGGCUCCUCACAACUUCUACCAAUCAUUUAUCUUUCCUCAUUUUAGCCUUUUAAGUCACCUUUUUAUUCUAUUCUUAUUUUUUUGGCGUUUUGUACAUUGUUUUUUGUAAUUUAUCAUUUUAUAGUCUUAUUUACUGGAGUCAUAUUUCUGUUAUUUAAUUUUAAUUUAUUUUGGUUUGUAUUUAUAGAGCAUUCAACGUUUGUUUACAUAUGUAACUUAUUUGAGUUGUUUCUGCAGCGCCCCAAAUAAACCGAGAGACGC